AUGGAAUCUGCGUCUCGUGUUCAUCGGCCGAGUUUGUUUCAUGGUGGUGGGAGUCAUUGCCUCGCUAAUCGAUUCAUUACUGGGAAACUGUGCCUCAAAGGAAACCGCAGCUGGGAUCACAAGACUUACUCUAGAGCCCACCUGUGUAGCCGAUUCAAGAGGAAUGUUGCUCAAAUUGCUACUUUGACUUUGAAUGCGGGUUUCAAUGGCCGCCAACCUAAAUCUAUCCCCUUUGGAUUUAGGUCACGUUGUCAAGGUAAUGAUUCUCUAGGUACUGAUAGGGAACUUUCACAAACUAGUGCUGAAAGUGAAGCUUCAUUUAUCAAACAAGAAAAAGAUGUGAGAGCCGAAAACGAAACCGAUAGUUUGGAGCAACUCAGGGAGUUACUAAACAAGGCAAUUGACGAAUUGGACGCUGCUAGGCUCAAUAGUACAAUGUUCGAGGAAAAGGCUCAGAGAAUAUCAGAAACAGCGAUUGCUCUUAAAGAUGAAGCGGCAAAUGUUUGGCAUGAGGUUAACAAAACCCUUGAUGUGAUUCGAGAUACGGUUGAUCAGGAAUCUCUUGCUAAAGAUGCUGUUCACAAGGCUACAAUGGCGUUAUCUCUGGCUGAAGCAAGGCUUCAGGUUGUAGUGGAAUCACUUGAAUCAGGGGGAGCUAAUGGUGUUCCGGAAGAGACUGAGAAAACAGAUGAUGUUAAAGACAAGGAAGCAGCCCUUUUAGCUGCUAAAGAUGACAUCAAAGAAUGCCAAGCGAAUUUAGCAACUUGUGAGGCCCAGCUGAGUUGUUUGCAGAGCCAAAAAGAGGAGCUGCAGAAGGAAGUGGAAAAGUUGAAUGAGUUUGCUGAGACAAUACAGAUCAAUGCGUUGAAAGCCGAGGAAGACGUCUCAAAUAUCAUGAAAUUGGCUGAACAAGCUGUCGCUUUUGAGCUUGAGGCUACUCAACGCGUUAAUGAUGCUGAGAUUGCUUUGCAGAGAGCAGAGAGGUCUCUCUCCACUUCUCAGACCUCCGAAGAAAGUCAGAGCCAACUCUUGGAUGAAGAAACUCUUGUCAAGGAUGAGGAGGUACUCUCAGGUAAUAUUGAAGAUAGUAAACAUGAGGUUGAAGGAGUAUCACAAAUAGAUGGAGAAUUGUCAGCGAUACAGAACACGGCUGAUCUUCUGCAUGAAAAAGUUGGUCAGAAGGAUCAGAAACUAACCCAGCCUUAUGAGUCAAGCGAUCAUGUGAAUGUAAAACCAAGUGUAGAGUCUUCUAAAGUUGUUGAACUAGAUUCUGAAAAGUCAAAGAUUGUUGUUCAAACGAAAAAACAGGAAACACAGAAGGAUCUGCCGAAAGAGGGCUCUUCUAUUAGUUCUUCCAAGGCAUCGUUUAAUAAAUCCUCCCGUUUCUUUCCUGCAUCCUUCUUCUCUUCUAGUCCAGAUGGGACAUCGACAGUGUUUGCGAGUCUGGUUGAUUCUCUCAAACAACAAUGGCCCAAGGUAGUUCUUGGGGUUGCACUUCUUGGGGCAGGACUGACAUUAUACUCCAAUGGAGUAGGGGGAAACAAUCAGCUGCUUCAACAGCAAGACGUUAUCAGCACUAGUACAGAAGAUCUCUCGUCCAGUACGAAGCCGUUGAUCCGGCAAAUGCAGAAACUUCCCAAGAGAAUUAAGAAACUGCUUGAGAAGAUCCCUCACCAGGAGGUCAAUGAGGAAGAAGCUUCCCUUCUUGAUUUUUUGUGGUUACUCCUGGCAAGCGUCAUAUUUGUGCCUCUGUUUCAGAAAAUUCCAGGAGGCAGCCCUGUUCUUGGAUAUUUGGCAGCUGGAAUUCUAAUUGGUCCUUAUGGUUUUUCGAUAAUCCGUAAUGUGCAUGCAACCAAGGCCAUUGCAGAAUUUGGAGUUGUUUUCUUGCUUUUCAACAUUGGCCUUGAGCUAUCUGUUGAAAGACUGAGUUCCAUGAAGAAAUAUGUUUUUGGAUUAGGCUCUGCUCAGGUUCUGGUGACAGCAGCAGUAGUUGGAUUGAUUGCCCAUUAUGUUGCUGGUCAGGCUGGUCCUGCGGCAAUAGUUAUUGGAAAUGGCCUGGCACUCUCCUCCACUGCCGUUGUCCUUCAGGUUCUACAAGAACGGGGUGAGAGUACAUCUAGACAUGGACGGGCCACAUUUUCGGUCUUGCUUUUUCAGGAUUUAGCUGUCGUUGUUUUACUGAUUCUCAUCCCACUUAUUUCACCUAAUUCAUCGAAAGGAGGGAUUGGGUUUCAAGCCAUUGCUGAAGCUCUUGGACUUGCUGCAGUUAAAGCAGCAGUUGCUAUUACUGCCAUAAUUGCUGGUGGCCGUCUUCUUCUUCGACCAAUCUACAAGCAAAUUGCAGAAAAUCGAAACGCCGAGAUAUUCUCUGCCAAUACACUUCUCGUUAUUCUUGGGACUAGUUUAUUGACAGCUAGGGCUGGACUUUCCAUGGCAUUAGGAGCGUUUUUGGCUGGUUUACUCCUUGCGGAGACAGAAUUUUCCUUACAAGUAGAAUCGGACAUCGCUCCAUAUCGUGGUCUUCUUCUGGGGCUCUUCUUCAUGACGGUUGGCAUGUCUAUUGAUCCGAAACUUCUUCUCUCGAACUUCCCUGUCAUAGUGGGAACUUUGGGACUCUUGAUAGUGGGCAAGACUAUUUUAGUGGUGAUCAUGGGAAAAUUGUUCGGCAUUUCAAUCAUAUCUGCAAUUAGAGCCGGUCUUUUUCUGGCCCCAGGCGGAGAGUUUGCAUUUGUUGCUUUCGGAGAAGCAGUCAAUCAGGGUAUAAUGUCUCCUCAGCUAUCUUCGUUGCUGUUUCUUGUGGUGGGAAUCUCAAUGGCUAUCACACCUUGGUUAGCUGCUGGUGGCCAGUUAAUUGCAUCCCGAUUUGAGUUGCAUGAUGUUCGAAGCUUACUGCCUGUUGAGAGUGAGACGGAUGAUUUGCAGGAUCACAUCAUUAUUUGUGGAUUUGGACGAAUUGGUCAGAUAAUUGCUCAGCUUCUUUCCGAAAGACUUAUCCCAUUCGUUGCUCUCGAUGUCAGCAGUGAGAGAGUGACUAUUGCGCGUUCCUUGGAUCUUCCUGUAUAUUUUGGAGAUGCUGGUAGUAAAGAGGUUCUCCACAAAAUUGGAGCUGAGAGAGCAUGCGCUGCUGUGGUUGCUUUAGACGCACCAGGAGCAAACUACAGAUGUGUAUGGGCUCUGAGCAAGUAUUACCCCAAUGUCAAGACCUUUGUCCGUGCACACGACGUUGCUCAUGGUCUUAAUCUAGAAAAAGCUGGUGCCACUGCUGUUGUCCCGGAGACUCUGGAGCCAAGUCUACAGUUGGCAGCUGCUGUUCUUGCUCAGGCCAAAUUACCGACAUCUGAAAUAGCAAACACGAUCAACGAGUUCAGAAGCCGUCACCUGUCUGAGCUAACAGAGCUAUGUGAAGCAAGCGGAAGCUCUCUGGGCUAUGGUUUCUCGAGGACGACGAGUAAGUCCAAACCUCAAACGUCGGAUGCAUCUGAUGAUAACCAGAUUAUUGAAGGAGGCACGCUCGCGAUCUGA